UAUCAUCAUCAUCACACAAUCAGUUUUAGACAAAAUGGCGGCUGCCUACCUUGCUUCGAAACAGCACUCUGACCGGGAAAGGUGGGUGUGCCUCUACCCCGCUUACAUCAACAGCAAGAAGACGCUCGCGGAGGGUCGUCGGUUACCCAGGUCGAAAUGCGUGGAGAAUCCUACCUACCAGGAGAUCCGGGAUGUCUUGGAUGCCACGGGGUUCAAGGUCGGGGUUGAGAACAAGUUGUACCCGAGGGAGCAGAACAAGGACAGUUUGCUGUACCGAGGCCGCAUUCGUGUGCAGCUCAAGAAUGACGACGAGACCCCAGUGAACCCUCAGUACCCAACACGCAAGGCAGUGAUGCUGCACGUGUGCGACAUGAUCCCGAGGCUCAAGUCGAGGACCCAGAGGCAGGCAGGAGGGGAGCAGGCAUCCCAGAGUGGCACCAAUGUGGCCAAGAAGGGAGGGAAGGGUGGCAAGGGUGGCAAGGGCAAGCGGUGAGGGUGCCUGCCACACAGCCACCGGCAGCCAUCCGCACCCCGGGGAUGCCUCCCCCUGCAGACGCAUCCCUGCUCGAGCAGAAAAGGAGGGUUCCUCUCCCACUUGUCACUAAUAAACAUUUCCAUGAAGUUA